AAAAUGAAGUUAUUAGUUAAUAAAUAAUUGAGGUGCAUUUUUUAUUUAUUUUAUCAUUAUUUAGGUAUUGAUCAAUGCUUGUUAUUAUAGUGCUUUAAGUUUAAAUUGAAUUGACUGCCUUUUCAAAAUAUGUACUUUCUUCACGCACCAUUAAACCUUUUAUCCUUGUGAAAUGUGUAAGUUGUUUGUCCAUAUAAGAUAAUGUAUUUAAAAUAUUAAUAGUUCAUAUUAAAAAGUUUGAACUUGAAAACAUAAACUAGGAACUAGGAAAUUAUAUAUUUAUCUGUUUCAUUUAAUGUCGGGGUUGUUUCUCUGGUAGCGGUAGACAGAAUUUGCCAAAAGACAACAUGCUUGGAUUGAAGCAUCUAGGGCUAGGCUGUACAUUUGAAAAUGAUAGUUUUGAAGUAGUUGGGGUUUAUGUACUUAACAUAUCUGUAUCUUUUUCUUCAGCUAAAAUGCUUUCAGAGCACCUAUGAGAUCAAUAAAAAAAUAUAGUUAUUGCUUUCAGACAAAUCUCAUCUCCAUACAUAACAGAAGAGAAAGGAAUACAAGAUAACUCACAUACAAGUUCUUAAUACAAGUUCUUAAUAUUUGGGUUUUAUGAUUAAUUGAAAUGCUUCAGACAUUUUAUACUUAUUUAAUCCUGUUUGGAAAGUAGGCAUGAUGUGGAAUUGCUUUCAUGGUUCAAAAUCUCAUUAACCUCAAAUGUGAUUAAGCUAAAAUUAAAGAUAAGGUUACAUUAAAAUACAAUUUACUUUGUGUCUCAAAGUAAGAUGUGAGACUCCAGUCUUCUUGCAUCAGAAGUAAUGCUCAUACUUGACCAUUGAUAACCCCAACAUUUUGCUCCUUUUCUACAACAGGCCUUCAUAAAAGCUGCUACUCUUUUCUGAACAUGUUGAGGGAUAAAUGCUUCCUACUGCUGCAUGUCUAUUAUCCCACCGAACUAACCUUGAUUCUACUGCCUGAUGGAGGCCGCCAGCUGCUGCUACAGCCUACUCUCAUUCCUGAAGGGAAGGAUGACGAAGGAGUAAGCCUAGCAGCCCUGAAAGUGCUGGCCUGAACUGGGAGUUAAAAGGGCAGGACUGGAGUUGAAAGAGCUGAAAGUGCUGGCAGGACUGGGCCUGACUGGGGGUGAUUGUGGCUUGCUGACAUUCCCUGUACUCAGUAGGAAGUAGGUAGGAAUGAGGUGGGUGUGACCACUCUGUGGGUGGGUAGCCCAUGGAUUAGGAGGAUGUGUAAGAGGGUGGGGCUGCUUUAAUGGGCUGCUUAGGCACAAGACUAUAAGGUGGUGGGGAGCAUGGAGCAUAGCUCCAACAAUAUUUCCUUUCAUUGUUUAUGGAUGUCAGUCUGUACCAAUAAAGCAUCUUCUAACCACCAUCAUCAAGGUUUGGGGUCUUUUAUUUUGGAACCUGAUAUUGGAAUAUUGUUUAGUUAUUGAUGGUUGGUCUAAUGUUAAUCUAGUUAAUCUAGAAAUAUCUCCAAUAACACAUCCAAGCCCAGAAAGCACCAAGGAUACCACACAUAUACUAUUAUCCUUCUUCCCUUUCCCUCCCCCACCCAAAAGAACAAUAAAAAUAGAAUGGAGGUUAUAGAAGAGAAAAUAUACCUAUACAGUGGUGAAAUUCAAUUUUUUUUCCUACCGUUCCUGGGGCGUUGCUUGGUGGGGAUGGCUUCAUGGAUGUGGCAGGGGAAGGGUACUGCAAAAUCUCCAUUCUCUCCCCGCUCCUGGGGGAAGGAUACUGCUAAAUCUCCAUUCCCACCCCACUCUGGGGCCAGCCAGAGGUGGUAUUUGCUGGUUCUCCAAACUACUCAAAAUUUUCACUACCCGUUCUCCAGAAUCUUGGAUUUCACCCCUGCUAUAAUAGGAAGGAAAAGGAAAGGAAUGAGCAAAUUAGAUUGAGAUGAAUGGAUUGAAAGGAAAGGCUAGCUAGAUAGGAAAAUAAUAAGGGAGGGUCGCUGUUACUUGUGCCUCCUGCCUAUUUGUUUGUUUUCAACAAUCUUCUGAUUGUUAAGUGAUAUAGUACAAGUCUCUCCCAUCAGCUGGCAGAUAAUUGGGAGAAAGAUAAAAAAAAAAUUUAUUUUGUCACAACAGUAUACACAAACAAUUGUCAUAAAUAAAACAACAUGUAUUGAAGAAAAUAUAUAAGUAAAAAUAUGCAUCAAUAAUAUUAAUUUGAUAUAAUGAAGGGAACAAUAGGAUAGGAACGGUAGGCACUAUUGUGCUCUUAUGCACGCUCCUUAUAGUCCUCUUAGAAAUGGGGUGAGGUCAAUAGUAGACAGUUUUUGGUUGAAGAUUUUGGGAUUUUGAGUAGAGACUAUGGAGUCAGGUAGUGAGUUCCAAGCAUUUGGUAAAUAUGGCAUAAGCAAACCAGGAAUCUGAUAUUUCAGAAAUAAAUAAGAUUUGUUUUUGCUAAUCUCUUCAAUAAAUCUUUUGCCUUCUUUAGUGGAGUGACACAAAUCUAAAAUUAUUUAGGAGUUAAUAUGGAAAACAAGAUGUUAAAUGGAUAUUUUUUUUUGACUCAAGUGCCAGCUUUUCCCAACUGUUAUACAGUCUUAAUAUAAAGGCUUGAUGCUAAUUUUUUAAAUAAGGCAACAACUAAAUUGGUAUUAAAAUAACAUAUUUUUAAUUAGCAAUCUUAUUAGAAACUGAAAAGAGCUUGUAAAUCACUGCUUGUUUUUUAAGUUUAUAAUGUAAGCAAUUUUUAAUCUACUUUAGCAAAUCAUUAAGACUAAACAAUUCCUAGCUUGAACUAUAUCUUUAAAAUGGUAUUAUAUUAAUUGGUGGAUUUUUUUUUAUUUUGUAGGAGGACUUGUAAUUUAAUCUGAUAGAUGUGAUCUCUGUUGCCAAUGUACAUUUAAUUACUUAUUUUUGGCUGCAUGACAUAGAGAAAGUUGGAAAAAUAACAUAAUAUUGAAUAAUUAAUUCUAAAGUGACUUUAUUGUCCUUUUUUCUCUUAUAAAUGGUAUGACACAAAUAAUCAAUUUUCUAUUAUAAUUAGCUGACAAAUUUAUUGUAUCAAAAUACUGGAAAACUAAAAUACGUUUAUUUGAAUCAAUAAUAUUUAAAAGUGUCAGAAAUAAGAGAAGUUAACAAAUAAAAAUAAUAACAAAUAUAGAAAAAUCCUUUAAGAACCAGUUACUCACAUUUUAUGACCAUUUUAAUUGUAUUAACAAACAAUUCUUACUAGAUUAUUUCCAUCUAUACAAAAAUAUUAACUUUGUGAAAAAAUAUUUUGAAAGAUGAUACAUGUUACUCUGCCUUUUUUCUAUUUAAAAAUAUUUGUUAACAUAUCUAGAAGAUUAAGCAUUUCUACAUAGUGCUUUGCACAAAGCAUGCUUUGGCAUUGUAUCUGAACUGAACUAGCUUUGAAGUGAUGUUAAAUAAUUUUUAAUUAAUGAUUGCUUUUCUAAAUAGCAAUUAGUAUUUAUUAUUUCCAAAUGAAUAUUAUAUUCCAGGAGUGAUAUGUCCACUGGCAACUGUUGUGAAUAUUUUGUAUUCUUAAGUACACUUGCCUGAAAUUGGAAUUUUUUACUAGCAUAAUCUCAAAAUGACUGGUAAAUCCAAAUGAGAACAAGAACAUUUAUCUUUGUAUGGUGUUAAUAUGUACACUAAGCCCAUUGGAAAACAUUAUGAGAGCCAUUAAAUCAAACAGUUUCUUAUAAUGAAGUGUGAGACAUUUCUAAAUAUAGAGAUUGCUACCAGCUCCCUUUGUAAUCCCAUUAGUUCAAGUGCUAAAUUAAAAAAAAAUGCUGCCAAGAUUUGUUUUUAAUGUCAGCUACCAGAUUUGUUCUAAACUAAUAUGAGACAUUUUUUCCCUGCCAGACUGUGAGAAAUUGAGAUUGUCUGGUUUGAACCGUAUGGAUCUAUGAUUUAUAGAGUCUUUAUGAAGAUGUAUUUACAUAUAUUUUUCCUAAAUUGAUUUAAAUUCCUGUAAAGGAAUUGUAGAUGACAGGAGCAAGCUUUUAGUGGACUAUAAAGAUGCAGCUUAUAAUAUUAACAUUUAUUUGGAUAAGUUCGUCAUAAAAUAGGUUUAGUGUAAACUGAAUUGUGGUCACCAAAAAUAAUUAUUCUUCCUUACCAAAAUUGCUGUUUGAAAACUCUGAAGAGAGUUAGAAUUCCUGAAAAUCCUAUGUGGCUUAAAGACAUUUUUGCAGUUAUAGGGGGCCUACUUUGCAUAACUGUUUUUAGAGUAUGCUAUGAUGCCAUGUGUUUUGCCUGAUUUAAUGAAGACACUGAUAUCAGAACUGAUUAAAAAAAGGGAGUAUAUAGAAUGACCUAGCAUUUCUAGACAUAAAUUGUAGACUCAGAACUGUGAAAUGAACGCUAGAUAGUGAUGGAAGUAGUGAGGAGAUUUUCCUGGGAUGGCAUCCCUUUAGCUAUAGAUAGCAAACCUAAAGCUCCUUACAGAGAAACCUCUUACUAGCCAUUUUCCACAAAUGGUACAUACACCUCAAAGGUACUUAGUGAAAAUCCUUCAGAGGUAUUUAAUACUGGAGUCGGCAAUCUCCCUCCUAUUCUCUGAAGCUUAUACAUAUAACCAGGUGGUGGCACAAAAAAGCAAAACCCAGAGAAAUACCGCAAGAUUCCCCAGUGUUUUUACCUCAGCAAGCUCUGCUACUCCAAUUGAUUGCCAAGAUGUGUGAUAUGGGGGGACUUGAUAAUCUGAUUGCCAAUACAGCAUACUUGCAAGCCAGGAAGUCUGGAGAUGUGGACGCCAAGGAUAUGCAAAAGCGGCGCAAGAGCAUUAACCUACCUAAGGUUGAGGAAUGUGUUCAAAUUAAGAAUUCUAUUCGUCCGGAAUAUGAGAGCAUUUGUGAGCAGCAACCCAUUGGCAAGAAAUUUUUCAAAGAGUACCUGGCGACUAUGUCUGAAUAUCAGCCAGCCCAAGAAUUCUUGGAUGAAAUUACUACUUGGGAGUUAUCAGAAGACAGCAUCAAGAAUAGUCUUCUACAGGGCAUGGUCAACAUGUAUCUGAAGAACGUUAGCAACACUUACUUGAAAUUUCUUAGUACAGACUUAUCUAACAAGUGCCAGUCAGCCUCCGCAAAAGAUUUUGAGAACCUCCUGCAGUUGGCCAGGGUAGAGACAAAAAGCUUUCUUAAGGGAAAACCCUUUGAGGGCUUCCAAACCAGUCCAUUCUAUGAGAAAUUCUUGCAGUGGAAAAGCUAUGAGCGGCAAUCUAUAAAUGAUAAAUUCUUUGAAGAGUUCCGAGUAUUAGGCAAAGGAGGCUUUGGAGAGGUUUGUGCUGUCCAAGUGAAAUGUACCGGGAAGAUGUAUGCCUGUAAGAAGCUGGACAAAAAAAGAUUGAAGAAAAAAAAGGGUGAAAGUAUGGCUCUUCUUGAAAAGGAGAUACUUGAAAAAGUCAACAGUCGUUUCAUUGUCACUCUGGCCUAUGCUUUUCAAAGUAAAACCGCUUUAUGUCUCGUCAUGAGCCUCAUGAAUGGUGGGGACCUUAAAUAUCACAUUUACAAUGUGGGUGAAAGAGGCUUGGAAAAGGAUAGAGUCAUGUUCUACUCAGCUCAGAUUAUCUGUGGGAUACUGCACCUCCACUCCAUCAAAAUUGUCUACAGGGACAUGAAGCCAGAAAAUGUCCUCCUGGAUGAUAAUGGUCAUUGCCGAUUGUCUGAUCUUGGUUUGGCAGUAGAAGUCCAGGACGGCAAAAAAAUCACCAACAGGGCUGGAACUAAUGGAUACAUGGCUCCUGAAAUCUUAAAGGAAGAAAGUUACAGUUAUCCUGUAGAUUGGUUUGCUAUGGGGUGCAGUAUUUAUGAAAUGAUUGCUGGUCGAACACCAUUCAAGGAUUACAAAGAAAAGGUUGAAAAAGAUGAAGUUACAAAAAGAACCAUAAAUGACGAAGUGCAAUUCCAGCAUGCUAAUUUUGAAGAACCAACAAAAGACAUCUGCAAACUCUUCUUGGCAAAGAGUCCCAAAAAUCGUUUAGGAAGCAGGAGUAGUGAUGAUGAUCCUAGGAAACAUGAAUACUUCAAGUCAAUAAAUUUUCACCGGCUGGAGGCAGGUCUUAUUGAUCCUCCCUUUGUGCCAGAUCCAUCAGUCGUCUAUGCCAAAGAUCUUGCAGACAUUGCUGAUUUUUCUGAAGCUCGAGGAAUUGAGUUUGAUGACAAAGACGCUGAAUUCUUCAAGAGAUUUUCUACUGGUGCUAUCUCAAUACCCUGGCAAGAAGAAGUUAUUGAAACGGGACUCUUUGACGACCUGAAUAAUCCCAACAGAGUACCUGAAGGUGAAUCCAAAUCUGGAGUUUGUUUACUCCUAUAAAUCUAAAAUUGAUUAACAUAAAAGAUGGGAAUGCAUAAUUGAAUCUUCCAAGAUUUCAAAGGCUCAGAGAAGUUUAACGAGCUGUCACUGACAUCAUAAAGGCAAGCUGAUGAAUCUGUCCUUUUCCGUGCUGGAAAUUUUAUGACAAAACUUCAAGAUUCUUUUAUAAUAGUGAAAUAAUUGAAGAACUUGUGAUGGUUUCUGGACAAACAAUCAUAGCUAUUAGAACAGAGCACUCUAUUUACCUUGAUGAACGUAUCUUUUCUUUUAUGUACACUGAGAGCAUAUGCACCAAGACAAAUUCCUUGUGUGUCCAAUCACACUUGGCCAAUAAAAUUCUAUUCUAUUCUAUUCUAUUCUAUUUGGGACUGCCACUCUUUUAUUAUAUAAUUCCAUAGUAACAUACCUACCUUCUUUACAAAAUGGACUGUAUUCUCACAAAGAAGAACAAAAUUCAAAUUGAUUUCAGUGAUGUAGAGAACUCAGAACACUUAUUUAACAGAGAACUAUUUAAAAAAGCAACAUGCAAUUCUUCAGUUUCUUUUCCUUCAGGUGAAAAUAAACAUUAGAACUGGUGGGGAAAAGUGGGAAGUUUACAAAUAAAAGAGGAAAAUAUCUGGAUCUCAGAUAAAAUGUUGUGAAUAAGAUGGCAAUUACACAAUAAAAUUCUCAUCUGGAAGAACUAGUUUAUCUGCAUUGUAGAUUAAGCGUUAAUUUAUCAAGGAUAUUUUUUAAUACUGAUUUCAAUUUCCUAUCAGAUUUCUUGAUAGGAUCUUUUCACAUUGAUGAAAACCAUAGUUUAAAUUAAACAAAUUGACCGCACCAGUUUGUAACUGGUGUUUAAGUAGACAAAUACAAAUGGAAUAGAAAUGUUUAUUCAGUGAGCAGUAAAUUUAAUUUAAUUCAAUUUGUUAACAAUGUUUACAAGUGCAUUAAAACUUUGCAAAAUAAUAUAGUAAUAUUUGUAUAGCAUAAAUAUAAUCAUCUGGUUCUUAUAAAAUGCUUUGUGAAUAUCUCAUAUCCAAAACCCACUUUUGACAUUGUGAAACUAGCUUGUUCAGACCAAAGAAUGUGCACUAAAAAUGUUGGAAUUCUUCACUGAGUGUAAGCUAUCACUUACACAAAUAGCUUGCCUGAGAGUCAAUUUCCACAGUUGCGCUGGAAAUCAUUUAUACAAAGAAAAGUUCACCUAAUUCAUCCUCCCCAAUCUCUUAGUUUUUAAAAAAUAUGGCCUCUCUGCAAAAAAAUAAAUAAAUGAAAGCAGUUAGAUAUCUUGGGGGAAUUGAUGGCUGGAGAAUCUGCAGAGCUAUAACUUUCAUGAAUAUGAAACAAUAAAAUAUAUCCAUAGUGAUGUUUCAAAGUACUUUCCAACUUGUCUCCAAACUUAUUUACCUGCAUGUUGCCACUCUGUUUUGGCAACACAAACUUAC